CCACUGCCAACAAAGCUUUCACAAUCAUCAAUCCCACGCCGAACAACUCAAAACUCAACACUCUUCUCAACUCUCUCUCUCCACCAAAUUUCCGUCACCCUAUGGCUCUAGAAGCUUCCAUAGACCGUCGCAACCACGCGCCGCCGUCCACGGCCAACGGUGCUACCACCGCCGUGGUCUUGCCUCCAACUAGGGGCUUGGCCACGCACCGGCUCAGGCUCAACCCCAGCUCUGACCACAAUCCCGAUAGCUACGAUGACCUCCCCUUGGAGUUCAGUCCUCACCUCUUUAGCUCGCUUGAACGAUACUUGCCUCCUACUAUGCUCUCCAUGUCACGUGACUUCAAGCUCCAGUACAUGCGCGAUAUUCUCCUCAGAUACUCGCCUGACGGCGAACGGACACGUGUUCAAAGGCAUAGAGAAUACAGGCAGAAGAUCAUAUCAAACUAUCAGCCUCGCCACCGGCAGCUGUAUACUAUGCAAGCUGUAAAUUUUUUUGUACCCUCUUUUCUCCAGGCAAUUAACGAGAAUACUGAGGAGGGUUUUAGAAGAAUAAUUUCUGAACCCACUCCGGGAAUUUAUACGUUUGAAAUGGUUCAGCCACGUUUCUGUGAAAUGUUGUUAUCUGAGGUAGAAAGCUUUGAAAGAUGGGUACAUGAGACAAAAUUCAAAAUCAUGCGACCAAACACAAUGAACAAAUUUGGGGCUGUUCUUGAUGACUUUGGCCUAGAAACCAUGCUUGACAAGUUGAUGAAUGACUUCAUACGUCCUAUGUCCAAGGUACUCUUUCCUGAAGUUGGUGGAUCAACGCUGGAUUCCCAUCAUGGUUUUGUUGUUGAAUAUGGAAUGGAUAGGGAUGUUGAACUUGGUUUCCAUGUAGAUGACUCAGAAGUCAGCCUAAAUGUUUGCUUGGGCAAGGAAUUUACUGGUGGUGAAUUGUUCUUUCGAGGCGUUCGAUGUGAUCACCACGUGAAUUCAGAAACUCAGCCAGAGGAAAUUUUAGAUUAUUCUCAUGUUCCAGGACGUGCAGUUCUUCAUCGUGGUCGCCACCGGCAUGGUGCUAGAGCCACAACAUCUGGUUGGCGGGUCAACUUACUAUUAUGGUGCAGAAGUUCUGUCUUUCGUGAGCUAAGGAAAUAUCAGAAAGAUUGUUCAAGCUGGUGUGCAGAAUGCCAACGCGAGAAGAAAGAAAGGCAGCGUCUGUCAAUUGCCGCAACCAAACAGGAACUUCUGAAGAGGGAAGGAACUUCCACUUCUUGAGCAUGUUUCUUGUGAACUUGUAUAAUACCAAAUUCUUCUCGGUAAUCAUUCUGCUGGGCCUCGUUUGUGGAAUCAGAGGAGUGAAUGGUGACGCAAUAUCUGUCGCUGUGUUUCUUUUCCAGGUUAGCUGUACAGUAAAAUCCGGUCAAGUUGAUUAUCAUCUUACAUUGUUAGCUAUUUUGAUAACAAAUGGAACAUCUUUUGUGCCGCCAUGGUCGUUUUGUUCUUUCUUACUGUAUCAUAAAAAUGUAAGAUGAUUUUUCAGCUAAUGAAAAUGUUUUAAUUACUCUUAA